GUAUAUUGCUUGAUUGUUCUACCCCUGUUCCCACUCUACCUACCCCCCUGUAGUCUAUGAACACCGGCACCUCUCAAGUACCGCAUCAGUUUAUACUGAUGUCGACGGAACAGGACACCGGGGCACUGCCACGGCGCAGUGCCAGGAUCGCAGUUCGUGCCCGCCCUGCGGUACCUCCAAGACCCAAGAGAUUCAGCAGACGGACGACUCCAGCGGCAUCAAGUACGGCAUUGAUAGUACAAGACACCACCGGAGAUUUUCCCGCAUGCCCGGUCCGAGAGGCCAGCGAGUCUUGGGCUGACUAUCGUGGGCGGCUACAGGCAUUUACAGACGCCGUAGCUGCCGCCGAGGCUCAGCAGGCUGCGGCAGAAGCAGAACGUCAGCGGCUGGCCAACGAAGUGACAGCCGAAGCUCAGCGGACAGCUGAGACUGACGAAGCRGCACGAAACAGACGGAAUGCCGCCAGCACGGAGUCCCUGAUUGCUAGCGAGCAUCAGUGGACAACGGUACUCCAAGGCAUGAUCUUUGUGCCUACGGAAACGCAGGCGGAGCCGACACAGGCGGAGGCAGAGAGAAGUAACCUGGCUACCGUGAUGUUGAACGUAAKGAGGGGAGUAAUGUGGAACAGCAAACUACUGCAGGCACACCUGCACGCGGAACGACAGCAAAGACAGCAGUACCAGCAAGACCUGGCCGCUGUAACGGUCGACGUCCGCGACACAGCAGUGCAGCAGCAGCAACAGCAACAGCUGAUGAACUCUACCAACGGCAUUGAGGCCAAGGCCUCAGCAGCGCCAGGCUGCACGACGGAUGCGACGAAGCAAGUCAAUGAACACAUCGAUCACGUCGUCACCAUCAUCGGCGACAUAGGUGUUUUCAACGGACCGGACACGAUCAGCAGCACGGUGGCCGCCCUCAAGACGGACAUCACCAAGCUACAGACGAGACCGGACGCCGCUGCAAAGACAUUCAAGAUGCCGCACUUCGACAUCUGCAAGUUCRAYGACUACAACAAGUCGGACGCUUUGACAUGGUGGCAACGUUUCCUCACGGAAGCGUCAUGCCGCACUGUCCCGGCGAACGGCAUGUUGAAGGCACUCUAUUUGCAACUGAUUGGAGGAGCGCAGGCAUGGAUGAACCACCUGGCGGCCACCCACAAGUGCACCAUCGCCGAACUCCACACGCACAUCACGUGGAAGGAGUUCGAGCAGCUAUGGUUCACCCGGUUCAUGGUCCGCGACGUCGUGAAGGCAGCCAUGAAUGAGGUGUACACAUGCUCUCAGGGGAACAUGCCAACUCGAGACUGGACAACGAAGUGGCAAAAAUUAGUGACCACGCCAGGAUUCGAUUUGAGUUUUCCAAAUCAACGAUCCGAGUUCUUCUUGCGAUCGUGCGCGGGAUUGCGGUCGGCACUCGGUAACGAGUACGGCUAUACCACAUUCCAGGCCAUUCUGGAUCGAGCGAACUUGGUCAUCCAAACGGACGAUAAGGCCGCUAACGAGAGACAAUCCCAGCCGCAUUAUGUCCGCAUGCAGCAGCAAGCUAACCGACGUCGACUUCCAUGUCCUUUCCGCGAGGGAGACCUUGUUUGGGUCCUUUCCAAGGAAUUUGCGCUCGAGCAGGAUGUUUCGCGCAAACUCCUUCCGAAAUGGUUCGGACCAUGGGAAGUCACUUCUGCCGUUGGAGACGACCCCGCAGGUCCUUCCUUCGUGAUCAACAUUCCACUGCACCUGACAGUGCAUCGGGUCUUCCAUGCAUCAAAGCUGGCCAUCUACACGCCACCUUCAGCUGACGAGUUCCCCGGACGUCGAUCACAGGAUCCGCCUUCUAUGGACGCACAUCAGGAAGUUGACCGAGUCAUCACGCACCGCAAGUAUGACAACAAGCCAAGGCAAUACAAAGUCACAUUCAAGCAAUGUGCGCCUGAUGACACUCGGUGGAUCUCCAGUACAGAUUUGCAGACUUCUGCACCCCUCAUAUUCGCCGACUACGAGAAGCGACGCCUUGCUAAGGACGCAGCUCGUCCCGCCCGACCCACCCCGGUAUCGGACAGACAACUUCGCCCUCGCAGGUAGCUCGGUCUUUUAAGAGGGGGAGUGUGUUACAUCUUCGACGCACACGGGCCCUACCGGACCCGACUUAGGGUCGGAGGGACACAUCAGGGCCUAAAGGCCCGACCUUG